AUGAAGUGUAGGGCGUGCCUCGUAGAAAAUACUGAACUCUUUCUACUUGAUGAAACUACUGUAUCAAGUUUCAAUUGCUUAACAAGCCUCGAUGUCAAAAUAAAUGAUAAAUUUCCUCAACAUAUUUGUCCAGAAUGUUAUUCUCUAUUAAUUAAAUUUCUACAUUUCCGGGAUACAUGUAUUUUUUCUGAUACAGUAUUGAAAAAAGGAUCUAUUGAGAUAAAAAUUGAAGUUAAACAAGAGGCUUUAGAUUCGAACAGUGAUGAAAAUGUAUCAAAUUAUGAUGAUUGUGUGGUUACCAUAACACCCACAAAAGAUAAUAUUGCUUUAUCAGAAAUUUUAAAAAUAGAAAAGAAUGAUGUUAACCCUCAAAAGAAAAGAAAUUUGACAAGAAAUCAGUCAACAGUAAAAUCACAAGAAAGAAAUAAAAAAAAAUGUCUCUCCACAAUAAAACCCAAAAUUAAAACAAGAAAAGGAAAAGAAGUUGUUGUGAAGAGUGAAGCGAUAUAUACUUGUGGGCUUUGCCCAGAGACUUUUAACGCUGAAUCAAUCUAUAAGAAACAUUUAGAAAAACAUGAAGAAAUGAAAACAUGCUCAAUAUGCCCCUCUACAUUUGAGGAUAAAUAUCAGAUGUUGGCUCAUCGACUGAAGCACCUUCCAAAUCGAGAAAAGAAAUGCUAUAUUUGUCUAAAAGGUUUCCGUAAAGAAAUCCAUUUAGAAUUUCACUAUAAAAAGAAUCAUUCUAAUGAAACUAAUGUGUCCUGUAAGUGCAAUAUUUGCGGUAAAACUUAUUCAUCGCCGCGUCGUCUCAGAAAACAUGAACUAAUCGUACACAAACCAGCUCAAGUAAUUUGUGAUUAUUGCAAGAAAAUUUUUGGCCAUAAAGACAUCUUAAGAGUCCACAUAGAGAAGCAUAUGAAUAGAAAAAGGUUUAUUUGUCAGUUAUGUCAUUAUGCAACUAACUACGGUGCUCUAUUAAGAAAACAUCACAUAGACAAGCAUACACUGGAAAAGGUUAAAUGUAAGAAUUGCGGAAGUGUGUUUAAGGAUCAAACGGCGUUAGAGAGGCAUUUAUUAAAAUGUAAGCAACGAUCUCCAACUGACAUUUGCCCGGUGUGCGGCAAAGCUAUUUUGAGGAGUUCUAGGUUACGGAAACACAUGGAAAGCCACUCAAAUGUUAUGGCUUAUAAGUGCGAUAGAUGCCCCGCGGCAUACAAAUCGCGGAUGGCUCUUAGGGUGCAUAUAGACAAACACGACGGCAUUCGACGAUUUAAGUGCGAAUACUGUCCUAUGGCCUUUAGAAGCGAUACAGUUCUUAUCAAACAUCGUAGAGUUCACACAGGUAUCAAGCCAUACGUUUGCAAAAUUUGUCAAAAGGGCUUCACUGGAAACCACAACCUCAAAGUGCAUAUGAAAGUGCACGGCAUCACAAACUUGAUCAAUAAGAAGAACGACAAAGAAGAGCAGACACAAAGCAUGUUCACAAAUUCAGUCAUAUAG